AUGAUCCUCGACGGGCCCUCGUUUAGCGGUGCGAUGCCUGAGUGCAGCCAGACCAGUGAACUAGUGGAUGCUAUGCCAGAAGAUGACCCAAAUGGCAAUGUGAAUGUCCAGAUGGGAGCCGCUGCCCCCAGAUGGGGCCCGCAACAUGCCGGCGCGAAGCAGCUGGCUGGAAUGUAUAGCAAAGAAAAACGACGACAAGAAGCCAUAUCAGUCGUGGUUGGAACGAUAUUGUUCUCUUUAAUGCUAGUCCGCCUCCUAUCUACCUGGCGAGUCGACUAUUGGAUGACUAUGCCCAUAGCCGCACUGCUUGGUAUCCUCACAGCAGAUUUCGUUUCCGGGCUGGUGCACUGGGGCGCAGAUACCUUCGGCAGUGUGGAGACGCUCAUCGGGAGGAGCUUUAUCCGCCCAUUUCGGGAGCACCACGUUGACCCGACGGCCAUCACCAGGCACGACUUCAUUGAGUGCAACGGCGACAAUUUUCUGGUGUGCAUCCCCAACCUGGCCCACAUGCUCUACCAGCAUUUGACGUACAGCGCCGAGGAUUUGCACAACUGGGCCUUCUUCCACUGGUACCUCAUAUUUCUGGGCGUCUACUCGGCAAUGACAAAUCAGAUUCACAAAUGGUCACACACGUAUUUCGGGCUGUCCCCGUGGGUGGUGGCUCUUCAGAAGGCGCAUAUCAUAUUGCCUCGCAAUCAUCAUAAGAUCCACCACAUCUCACCCCACGCCUGCUACUAUUGUAUCACGACCGGGUGGCUGAAUCAACCGCUCGACUUUAUCAACUUUUGGCGAAGAGCCGAGACCGUCGUCACGUAUUUCACCGGGAUGAAGCCGCGCGAGGAUGACAUGAAAUGGGCGACAAAGUUCAAA